CACCUGCCGCCCCUACGUGUGCCGUUCUUCACACCACCUCGCGCUGCCCAUUACAAAGCUCGUCGGCACUUCGCCGGCACGAGCCUCGCAGCGGCAAAAGACCAAGACAAGACCACACUCCACGCAGCAGUCAUCAGGCAAACUCGUAGCAACAACGCGACCGGGCCGGGGAGAGGCUGAGGGCGAUGGCGAAGAGCGGCGCGGAGGAGUGGCGCCGGAAUGCGGACACCCACAAGAUGAGCGCGGAGGAGGUGCGCGCGGCGGGCGUGGAGGCGUCGAUGCGCCCGCCGGGCCGCGGCCCCGGGGAGGUGCUGCACCAGCGCGGCCGGCUGCCGUACGGGCCGGGCACCAUGGCGCUCGUCGGCUUCGGCAUCGUCGGCGUCAUCGGCUACCUCGUGCUGUACCAAAAGGCCAGGCCCGGCACGCCCGCCACCGAGGUGGCCAAGGUGGCAGUCGGCCACGGGGACCCCGCCGCCGGCCGUGACCCCGAGAAGCGUCCCGAGGGCGCGCGCGAAGGGAAGUAGAGGUGCAGGUGCGCUGCUGAGCGUUUGUUCGCCCAUUUCAGCACGAUCGGGUACGGCUGAUGUUGUCGGGUCGGUACAAUGAUACCGUCGAACGGGCGUGAGCUCAUUUCUUCGUUCCCUCCGCAUCGCCGGACGGAUGGACACAUGCGCCCGCGGUAGAGAGGUCUGUAUGUCUCAUUGCGCUGUACAGACGGGAUAGUACAGUGGGAGGUGAUGCUAAGUAUGGUUUUUGUUUGAGGUGAUGCUAAGUA